AGUAUUUACUUUAGUUAGCUAUAAAAUGUUGUCUUCAACAGAAGUUGUCUUUCUCGUUAGUUUGGGGUUUCUAACAAUUACUGCCAUCAGUGCUCAAAGGAAAUCAGAUCCUGUUGUCUUAACAGAACUGGGAAAAGUUCGAGGAUCAAUAAUUAAAACUGAAAGAGGUCAGGAUGUUUAUGCCUUUCGGGGAAUACGUUAUGCUGAGGCGCCAAUUGGGGAGAAACGUUUUAGAGCUCCGAGUUAUGUUUCAACGUGGGGCGAUGAUGAAUUAGACGGAACAAAGGAUGGACUCAAGUGUCCACAAGUGCUGCAAACUGGUCAACCUGUGGAACAAUCCGAGGAUUGCUUAUUUUUAAAUGUCUACACACGCAACUUGAACGGAAAAAAGAGUCCCGUUAUUGUUUACAUUCAUGGCGGAUCGAAUGCACACGGAAGUGGUCAUAGUUUAAGUGGUUUUGGUCCGCGUUACCUUUUGGAUACGGAUGUUGUAUUUGUAACGUUCAACUAUCGCUUGGGGCCAUUUGGCUUUCUAAGCUUAGACUCACCUGAGGCCCCUGGUAAUUAUGCUUAUUUGGAUCAAGUAAUGGCUUUGCAAUGGGUUCAUCAUCUUAUCGCUAAUUUUGGAGGAAAUCCUGACUUGGUAACUUUGAUUGGAACAAGUGCAGGUGGAAUGGCGGUAACCCUUCAUAUGGCAUCUCCACUGUCCAGGGGUUUAUUUCAUAGAGCUAUUGCUAUGAGUGGUUCGGCAACAAGUGAAAUUGUGCUGGAUAGUGUAAAAUGGUCUCGAAAAUUAGCUCACGAAACAUCAUGUCCCAUGCACAAUCCUCCAGACGUUCUUAGUUGUCUGAGAAAGUUGCCAUGGGAGACGAUUUUGAAGGUUUGUGGUUCAUGGGAGGUCUAUGGAUUUACGCACAUGAAAUGGGGUUAUACAGUCGAUGGAAAGUUCAUGCCAGCAAAAUUGACUGACCUUUUUGAUCAGGGAAAUUUUACAAAAAUGCCAAUACUCACUGGGUUAACUAAGGACGAAUUUACCUAUUCGGUGUACAGUGAAGAGAAUAACGUAGGUCUGCUUAAUGACAUAAGUUUGAACUUUGAAAAAUAUGCAUCUGAGUUAUUUAUGCAUGACUUAGAAGAUAGCACGAAAAUUGGGAAACUUAAGAAGUUUUAUUUGGGCAAUAAGCAUAUAAAUGAUCAGAGUUUGACACAUUUCGGUGAAAUCUUUUCCGACUCAUUCAUUGGACAUGGUGUUCAUAGAUUAGUGGGUUUAGCAAGAAAAUAUGUGGACGUAUAUUAUUAUCGAUUUGAUUAUCAUGGAAGAUUUGGGAAUUACAUCGAUGCUGAAGGAAAUCCAAGAGGUGUUGGUCAUGGUGAUGAAUUAUUGUAUUUUGUUAGUGUUGAAUUAAAUCCGUUCAAAUUUACUCAAAAUGACCCAGAAUGGUUUAUGGUGGAACGUGUAGUUGGAAUGAUUGCUUCAUUUGCUCAUAAUGGGUUUCCACAAACUAUGAAUGAAACAAAAUGGUUGCCAACAAAUAAAACUCAUUUAAACACAAUGUACAUCGAUACAAAUGCUGAACUUGGAUAUGCCCCUUUUACAGAAAGAUUUAGACUUUGGGAUGAACUUUAUCCGGUUAAUAGCGGCAGAAGUUUCUAUUACCCGGCGACUUGUCUCAUCACAUUGAUUAUAGUUCCAUUGUUUUUAAGUUAUAUAGUUGGUGCUAAGGUUACCUUGGGGAUUUUCCUUUUCGCACUCGCUCUUGUGAGUGCUCAAACCCAAACAAAUCCGAUUGUCAAUACUUCUCUGGGUAAAAUUAAGGGCACAAUAUUGAAGACGGAAAAAGGUUUUGACUUUUUUGCAUUUCGUGGAAUAAGAUAUGCAGAAGCUCCAAUUGGUGAGAAACGUUUCAAAGCCCCUAUAGCUAUCAAUAAGUCUUGGGAUGGGGAGUUGGAUGCCACGAAAGAUGGUUUCAUCUGUCCCCAAAUUGGUCCUGCCGCAGAAGCUAUGUCCGAGGAUUGUUUAAUUGUAAACGUUUAUUCACGGAAUCUGAGUGAAAAUGCCAAUAAACCAGUUAUAUUCUAUAUUCACGGUGGAUCGGACAAAGAUGGAGCAAGCCAUAGUGAGAGAGAAGCUGGCCCACAGUAUAUAAUGGAAUCGGAUGGGAUUGUGUUGGUAUCGCUGAAUUAUCGAUUGGGUGCACUGGGAUUUCUCAGUACUCGAACAUCGGAUGCUCCAGGAAACUUUGGUUAUCUUGAUCAAGUUAUGGCACUUCACUGGGUCCACAAUAAUGUAAGGAGCUUUGGUGGAAACCCAAAUUCUGUGACACUGAUGGGUUUCAGUGCUGGUGCAAUGGCAGUCUCACUUCAUUUGGCCUCACCCCUUUCGAGAGGAUUGUUUCACAGAGCAAUUGCCAUGAGUGGAUCAGCAACGAACGAACAAAAUAUUAAUAAUUUGCACUGGACUCGGAAAUUAGCCCAUGAAACUUCAUGCCCUAUGUUCAAUCCUGAGGACCUGCUAAGUUGUCUGCGGAACGUUCCAUGGAAAACUAUUGUGGAGACUUGCAAGAAAUGGGAUGUGUAUUUCCCUGACAUGAAGUGGAACUACGAGGUGGAUGGACAUUUUUUGGACUUUAGACCGACACAAUAUUACGCCAGAGGAAACUUUUCACAAGUUCCAAUCAUCACUGGACUCUCCACAGAUGAAUUUAAUGGAAUGGCUAAGAUAAUGGAGGACAAAACUGAAUUGUUGAAUGACAUUGAUUUGAAUCUCGAAAAGUAUGCACCAGAGUUUUUCAUGCAUGACUUUGGUGAUCCUGCCGAAAAGAAAGUUGAAAAAUUGAAAGAUUUUUAUUUCAAAAAUCAAACCAUCAGCAAGACGAAUGUUAUCAGAUUGGGCGAAGCCUUUUCGGACUCUUUUAUCAAUCACGGGGUUCACAGAUUAGUCGAUCUAGCUCGAAAGUACGUUCAGGUCUAUUAUUACCGAUUUGACUAUAAGGGAAGCUUCGAACAAAUAAGGACCAAUGAAUAUGUUAGCCAUGGAGAUGAUCAGUUUUAUGUUUUUAAAAUGAAUAAAUUUGGUGGAAAACUACUGGGGCCCAAUGAUAAAGAUUGGUUUAUGGCUGAAAAGAUGGUUGGAAUAAUCUCAACUUUUGCACAAACGGGAUUUCCACCAGAAUUCGAUGGUUUAAAAUGGCAACCUUCAAACAAAACUCACAUCAAUACAUUGUAUAUUGAUGAGAAAUUUAAAAUGGAUGGCCAACCUUAUGCGGAAAGAUUUCAACUCUGGGAUAGUUUAUUUCCAGUAGAAAAUAGUGGAACGCGAGGUUCCAUAUGUGUAAUGACAAUUAUGUUGACAGCAGUAGCAAUGGUUUUUAGUGUUUUUUAUCUAAAUUAAAAAAAUAAAGAACUUAAACAUUAUCGGUAUAAUUCAUCUUUACAAUUCGAAAAAAACCAAGAGAUGAAUAAAACAUAAUUAAAAAUUGUUA